AUGCUCGAGGAGUGCCGCAGCGUGGAAUGCUACGAGAAGCUGAACCGCAUUUCUGAGGGCACGUAUGGCGUUGUGUACAGGGCGCGGGACCGUGAGACGGGCGAGAUCUGCGCGCUGAAGAAGGUGAAGCUGGAGAAGGAGCGGGACGGCUUCCCGCUGACUUCCAUCCGCGAAAUCAACAUCCUCCUCAGCCUGGACCACCCCCACAUCGUGAAUGUGAGCGAGGUGGUGGUGGGUCCCUCCCUGGACGCAGUCUUCAUGGUCAUGGAGUAUGCGGAUCACGACCUGAAAGCGGUGAUGGAGGAGCGCAUGACGCAGCCAUUCAGCGUGGCAGAGGUGAAGACGCUGAUGCUGCAGCUGCUCAGCGGCAUGGCGUACCUGCACGACAGCUGGGUGCUGCACCGCGACCUCAAGACCUCCAACAUCCUGUACACCAACAGGGGGGAGCUCAAGCUGUGCGACUUUGGGCUGGCGCGCCAGUACGGCUCCCCGCUGGCCCCCUACACCCACAUGGUGGUCACGCUGUGGUACCGCGCCCCGGAGCUGCUGCUGGGGCAGCGCAAGUACAGCACCGCGGUGGAUGUGUGGAGCAUUGGCUGCAUCAUGGCCGAGCUGCUCAGCAAGGAGGCGCUGUUCCCAUCCAAGACCGAGAUCGAUGCCCUGACGCUCAUCCUGAAGACCAUGGGCUCACCCACAGAGGCCACCUGGCCUGGCCUCUCCCAGCUGCCGCACGCCCGCAAGUUCAACCUGGGAAAGUACCCCUCCGGCUCCCUGCGCCAGCGCUUUCCUCCCGCCGGCCUCGGCUUUGACGGCCGCCCCGCGCUCAGCGAGGCCGGCUUCAACCUGCUGUCCCGCCUGCUGGAGCUAUGCCCGGAGCGGCGCAUCAGCUGCGCCGAUGCGCUGGACCAUCCCUGGUUCAGGGAGCACCCUCUGCCCAAGGACAAGGCCCUCAUGCCCACCUUCCCCGCCACCAACGACGCCACGCAGGCGCGGCACGCGGCGCAGCGCCGCGCCGCGUCCCAGGCGGCCGCCGCCAAGGUGGCGGGCAAGUAG